UUUGUUCUUCUUUCAUCCGGUUGGGUAGACAGAGAGGGAAGCACAACUGCGCAAGGAAAGGAGGAAAGAUAAGGAAGCAGCAGGCAGCGGCAGCAGCAGCAGGAGCGAGGUCGGUCGAUCGAGCGCCGAGCUGCGGGAAGCAAUAAAUACAAAUUAAGGUUGGAGCCGCGCCACCAUGGCGGCGUUUGCAGGCGCUCUAGAAUUCCUCCCCGGCGGCCCAUCAUCCCUCCCCCAAUCCUUCUUCUUUAUAUAGCCUAGCCACGCACUUGGCUCCCCUCACCACCUCAAAAAGCACCUUACCCCACUCCCUCCUAACCUCCUCCUCCCUCUCCCUUCCUCCCCCUAGUGAGUGAGAAGAGAACAAAGCCAGGCCUUAGGCAGCCUCAGCUGUCAAGAGGAAUAAUCAAGAGGAGAUCGAGAAUUAGAGGCAAAGAUCAAGCUACCUCUAUCCUCACGGCAAGAAAGAAAGGAGGUGAGAGGGAAGGAAGGAGAAAGCAAGGGAGCGAGCGCGCUGGCAGGAGCUUCUUGAUGGGUGUUGGCUGCUGCCGUGGAUGGCGGGGUUCUCUCUGAGGGGAGGCGGCGGCAGCGGAGGUAGCGGGGGGAGGAGCGGUGACCGCGGCGAUCAUCCCAUCGGGGCAGACAGCCUGUUUCUGUACGCGCGCGGCGCGGCCGCCGCGGCCGCCGACACGGCGGGCGGCGGCGGCGGGGGAGGAGGCGGGAUAGGGUUCCAGCUAUGGCACCCUCAUCACCAGCAGGCGGCCGCCGUGCCGCACACGUCGCAGUUCUUCUCCUCUGGGGUGGCCACCGGCGUCGUGCUGGGCUUCUCGCCGCAUGAGGGCGGCGGCGUGGGCGGCGUUGGCUUGGCUGGUGGAGGCGGCCCGGGGGGCGGGAGGGCCGGCACGAGCUGCCAGGACUGCGGAAACAACGCCAAGAAGGACUGCACCCACCAGCGCUGCCGGACCUGCUGUCGCAGCCGCGGCUUCAACUGCUCCACCCACGUCAAGAGCACCUGGGUCCCCGCCUCAAAGCGCCGCGAGCGCCAGCAGCAGCUCGCCGCCCUCUUCCGCGGAGCCGCAGCCAACAACAGCGCUGCCGCGGCCGCGGCCGUCGCCGUUGCCAACAAGCGGCCCCGCGAGCUCGUGCGCUCACUCGGCCGCUUGCCGUCCGCGACCACCGCCAUGGUCGACGCCACCACUUCCUCAGGCGAGGGGGACGGGAGGUUUCCGCCGGAGCUGAGCCUGGAGGCCGUGUUCCGGUGCGUGCGGAUCGGGCCGGUGGACGAGCCGGACGCGGAGUUCGCGUACCAGACGGCAGUGAGCAUCGGGGGGCACACGUUCAAGGGGAUCCUGCGGGACCAUGGGCCGGCGGAAGAGGCGGCUGGGCAGCUGCCGCCGUCGUCCGCGGAGUACCACCAGCUGACAGGGGCCGCGAGGGAGGGGUCCUCGCCGGCCGGGAGCAGCGAGGCGGCCGGCGGGCACGGAGCGACGGUGGCGACGUCCGCGGCGGUGCUCAUGGACCCCUACCCGACGCCGAUCGGCGCCUUCGCCGCAGGCACCCAGUUCUUCCCUCAUAACCCUAGAACCUAGCUUCAAUUCCUGCCAUGAAUUCCUAGCAAGUUUCAUUUACUGCCAAGGAUGACGAUCGAGUUGCAUUGAUCCAAGUCGAGCAAACAAUAUCCAGCCAAGCAGAUCGAAGAAGAGGAGAAUUGUUGUCCGUGAACACUAAUGCAUCUCGUUAGCUAGCUAGAGCUACUACUUUUGGAUCCUUCCAUGCAAUUUUAAUUCCCAGUUGGUUAAUUAGCAAUGACCUUAAUGCAUUGGUGCAAUUAAAGAGAGAUAAACUAAAGUGUAUCUUAAUCGCUUCCUUUUGAAAUCGUUUACUACUA